UCGCAUCCGAAACGUAAACAUCAUUCGCUUGGCAGAAAUAUGGAUGAAAACAACAAUGCCAGCUUGCUGGUAGUUGUGAUGGACACGAAUCCGUCCCAGCGGAUCAUCCGGGAAAACGCCCACCACUUGACCCAGUGUUUGGACUCGAUUGUGGCCUUCGCCAAUGCUCAUCUCAUGCAGAAAGCCCAAAACAGAUUGGCCGUCCUGGCUUGCCAUCAUCAUGCUACAGAGUUCCUUUAUCCUACACCUGGAAAACCACUUGACAUCCGGCAGGCCGAUGGGCAGUACGAAGCUUUCACGUUGGUCGAAAAGACUAUCAAACAAAAGUUGGCUAAAGUCAUCAGUGAAGCACCCCGGUUGAGCGUUCCCACUGAAUCCCUCCUGGCAGGAAGCAUGGCCAUGGCCUUGUGCUACAUUACUAGGAUCAACCGCAACAAACCACCCGGGGUAAAGAUCAACUCGCGCAUUUUGGUCGUGACGGGGAGUAACGAAUGCGCUUCACAAUAUAUGACCUAUAUGAAUGUGUUCUUCACUGCUCAGAAGCAGAACGUCACACUGGAUGUCUGCGCUCUGGAUAAGCCUCUGAGUUUGCUGCAGCAGGGCUGUGACAUUACCGGCGGACAGUACCUGAAGUUACCUCAAUUGGAUGGCUUUCUGCAGUAUUUGUUGUGGGUCUUCCUACCGGAACCUUUAACGAGAUGCAAGCUCGUACUCCCGCCAUCAGUGAAGGUCGAUUACCGGGCGGCGUGCUUCUGCCACCGUGAACUGAUCGACAUUGGUUUCGUGUGCUCUGUGUGUCUGUCCAUUUUCUGCAAAUUUAGUCCGAUUUGCACCACCUGUCACACUGUAUUCAAAGCGCCGGCUCCGAUAGCGGCCAAGCCGAAGAAGAAGAAAAUGAAGACAUGAGAAAUACCUUUCCUCUAGUUUAAGUGCAUCUAUUUGUUAAAUAUACAAUACCGAACAUGAUCUACAA